AAGAUUUAGCUAUUUGGAAAUGUGUUCUCAUUAGCAGUAUAUUUUAGUGAAAUAAAAGGUCGAGACUACCCAGGGGAAAAAGAUUUAGAACAUAUCUAACGAAUAUGGCCUUAUUACAAACCUCAAAGGAUGUGUGCGUUGUCAGUAUAAUGCGAAAGCGCAGAAAUGGAGUUGGAGCCAGCCCAAAUGAAUACACGUUAAAACAAAGUCCUAAAACACUGGAAACUGCACUACAUCUCUUUAAUAAAAUAAUAAUAAAAUUUAAAGCAUAAUGAAUGGGAUAAGGCACGAUAUGUAAAAAUAGACCGUUGGCUUAACUUGUCACAUUUUAAAUUCACACUGAACAGAAGACAGAUUAUGAAAAUCUACUUCUACGAAUUGAAAUAUCAUACCUUGCCCCUUUUUACUUUAAGUUUAUCAAUUUAUAGAAGCCUAAUAACUGGUAAACAAGGGGUUGGAAUUGAAGCCUGUUUUUACACUUAGUUCAUUAUUUAAUUAAGUUUACCAAUAAACUAAUUGUUAUUAUUGUGAAGGUGUAACAUAAGUAAAUCACCUUAUUGAAGUGGUUAGAAGUUUAUGCUAAUAUCUGUCUAUAUUUCUGGUAAAUAUCUAAAAUUAUCACUAGUGGUAGUACUUAAGGUGAGAGAAAUAAUCAAUCUGUACAUUAAUAUGAAAGACUUUGACUGCAGAAGUUUUAAAUAACCUAUACAAGAAAGAAAUUCAUGCAGUAAGUUGACAGCAGAGCUCUAAAAAUACAGUUCGACACUUACCAUUUAUAAACUAAAACAUUUACUUAUUCGAAUGCAAUUUUACUUAAAUUUUUAUACUCUAGGUGCAAUUCCGCUUAGGCCAAAUACUAAAUGCUGAAGCUGAAAGUAGAGAGCCAAUGCUGAAAUCUUUAGAAGAAUAUGCUUCUAGAGGAAUACCUGACCUACAAUUGCUGGCAGAACACUGUAAUAAGCUAUCCUCAGAAUCAAAAGCAUGCAGUACGAAUUUAAGCGGACGACCACAAAAACUGAUUGAGCAGUUGAGAAGACAUCUAGACGACCUUGAAAGAUUUGCAUAUGAGACUGGUGAACAAAGUGAACCUCCUACUCAAACAAUGUUAGAAAAGCAACGUUUAGUCAUAGAAGGUUUAAGAGAAAAACUUGAAUUGAAUAUCUCAAAUUUAGACCAACUUCCAGCUGAUAAACUCAAACAGGUUGUAGACAAUGCUGUCAAUCAAUUUUUAAAUCCUGUCAAAGUUAGUGAAAAACUUGUGGAACAGCUGAAAACUCAAGUGAAUGAUUUGGAACGAUUUAUUGAUUUUCUUCAUGGCUCUGGUGCAUGUAGUGAUGCUUUGGCUAAAGCAUUAGCUGAUUUCAAGCGUACACAUCAACAACUGUCAGCAAAUGAUAAAGCACCGUGUUGUCGGCAUUCUAAAAGUUCAGAUAUGUAUAAAACUCAAAAUGGUGAUACUGUUGUUGACGAUGAUAAAGAUAAAGACAAUCUUUCAGAUGAUAGUGACAAUCCUACACAAAAUCUUCAUCAUGGUGUACAAUUAGGACAUAGUCGUCAUAUUCAUCCCGACUCACAGUAUUUUCAUACAAAUGAAGAAUACGAUGAUGAUAAUUUUGAUGAUAUCUAUACCGAGGAUCAGUAUACUAAGGAACAAUUCAAAAAUACAAAAUCAAUUAGUCGGGAUAAUAAAAAAUCUCGAUUAAGUAUAAUGAGUCUUAUGCAACGAGCUAUUACUAUUCUCAGCUUAUUCGCUGCAAGUCACUUAGAUCAAGAUCCGGACACAUUAUUCACUAAGCUCAACGUGAAUAAAUAUUCAACUCAGAAAACUAGUAAAGCAAAUUCAGCCACUGUAGAGAAGGCUAAAGCACAACACUGGGGUACAAUUCGAGCUCGUCUUGAAGUAGCCAUAAAUAUUGUUCAAGAGAAAGUAGCUGCUCUUGAAGCUUGUAGACUAACUAAAACACUAUCAAUAAAUUUAUACGCCACACAUCAUACAAUUCCGAAUAGCAUAUGGUCAAAUAGUAAAGCAUCAGAUAGUCAUCAAGACAUUCCUUUAGGACGUGAAAGUCCAGAUGGCAAACCAAGUAUGCCUACACGAAGUAGUAGUAUUGUUAGACCAUAUGCAUCAACACGUAAAGUCUUUAGUCAAGAUGAAGUUCCGGGUACUCAAAUCGCCUUACCUGUUCAGAAUUUACACGAUGCUAGUUUACGUGCAAUGCUGCAUGGUGGUCGACCAGAUCGAGUGUUCUCAGAAGCCUUUUCAUUACAUGAAGAGAAAACUGAGUCAGUUUCAUGUACUGAAGAAAAUGAUGACUUAAUGGAUGAUCCUUAUGAGACAGAAUUCUUACAUACUGAAGCUGAACGUGCUGUUGUACAUGCCGUACGUCGGUUAUUCUGUACUGCUUUGCGUGACCUUAUUGAACAUGGUCUUAUAAAGAAGGCGUUAUCACAAGUAGAUGAAAAUUCACCUCUGGGUUUGGUUCAUAAGUCCAGUACUUUUCUUCUUCGUCCAAUUAUGAACUGUUUAGACACAAAAAAUUAUUCAGAGGAUGGAUUUGAAUAUUUAGAUUUAAAUGAAACAACAAAUGAUGAAAUCUCCACGAAGAAUUCCUCAAAAUCUCGGUCUAGUCCCUUUGGAUUUCAUGCUUGGGAUGUAUUAAUGAGAUUUUAUCAAAUUAAGAAUGGUCCAAGGUAUAAUGAUUCCCCGGCAAGGAAGCUGUGCGAAAGUUUUGAUUUACACGCUGUUGGUAAUAAGAAAAUCACAGAUCGUCAGCGGUUUUUCAGUGCAAUGGGUACUGUGCUACAAAGUCAUAUGGCUUACAAACGUAGUAAAGAUGCAAAGUUCAAAGCAUUUAUUAGUAUAGCGCUCAAUGAGCAUCAAUUAGUUUCUUGGUUGAGAAUGAUCUUCCGAAAUCAAGCAUUCGUUCAGUCUAUUUAUGAACCAUGGAGUUAUGCAUUCAGUACAGGAUUCAGUGAUGUUUUAACUUCGUUGCAUAAAUUAACUGAACUGAAAUUCAAUUUGCCUUAUGAUUUUAGUAUACGUCAUUUGAAAGAUAUUCACGAUGCCUUCUAGACGUGUUUCUAAAUUUAGUCUGUAUUUAUUUUCAUGAAAUUUACUAUUCAUAUUGUUAGACAAUAACAACAAAAACAACGACUACUUCUACUACUUUUCUGUGUUCAGUGGUCAUUUAUAGUAAUAACAAUAAUAAUGGUAAUAUGCAUUUGUUUCAUUGUAUUUGUUUUUGGUCUGUGUUAUGUUAUCUAUCUUGCCGAUGAAUAUAAUUCAUCCUAAUUUUGAAAAUUUCAUUCCCUUUCAAUUGAUUUACCUACCACCUUGUAUCAUGUAAAGUUUGGACUUUAUUAUUUUCAUUCCAUUUUAAUUAUCAACUUAACUCUGUUCCACCUGUUGUGAGUAGUGCCAUGCAUGUGCUUUCAUGUCUGUGUUUGUGUAAAGUGAUCUCUGAUGAAUCAUAUUAUAAAUCAACAUGUGUUGUUGUUGUUUGGGU